CCCAGAAUGCAGUCUGGUAAACAGACAUGGAAGCACCAGGUGAAGACCUCCACAGAGGCUGAGCUCUGCACUCGCUCUUUCCCACCGUCGUCUGUGUCUUUUGCCCAGUGCAUCCAGCUGAUUUUUAUCUGCUUGGUGUCACGUCUACGUCUACAGCAGCCAGAGCCUGGACUUCCCCUCAAUUGUGUGUGGCAGUCAGCGAUCACCCAAACUGAUGAGGAUCGUCUGAUUGAAUUACAAAUAAGUUCCUUUUUUUCUUAUUUUGAUAAGCGGAAAGAAUGUCGGAAAGGGCCGAGGAUGACGUCAGGGGGGAGCAGCGCCGAGCGGCCAGGCAGCAGCUGAAGCAGCAGCAGAUCCAGCGGGGAGAAGGCUCCACAGCAAUGGCGACUGUUGCGGAGCGGAGAUCAUUGCCUAGUCCAGAAAUAAUGCUGGGACAGCCUUGGAGCAACUGGGUCGACGCCGCCAAACUCCACGGUAAUGACGGUGCUGAAUUGGAAGAAAGUUUCAAAGACUUCGGGAAAAAUCGAGAAGCCAUGCGUUUGUGCAGAGAAGACAUGCCCAUAUUUGGCCAGUGUCCUGCACAGGACGACUUCUACCUGGUGAUGUGCAGCCACUGCAGCCAGGUGGUCAAGCCCCAAGCCUUCCAAGCACACUAUGAGAGAAGACACAGUUCUGCCAGCAAACCAGCCUCCACCUCGCCUUUCCCCGUGUCGGGCAGGAACAGGAGCAGCGGGAGCGGACUCGGGCCGGGGUUGGGCUCGGGGUCUGUAGCUGGAGUGACGAGUGGGAGCAUCCUCGGCCGACCUUCCGCUGCUGGUUCCAGCUUAUGCUCCUCUUCAACGUCGUUGUCAUGUCCCUCCUCAAAUCCCAAACUCCUAAAACCAGCCAAAGAGAAGCAGCCAGGCAUUCAGCGAAGACCUCCUUCCUUUCCACCCUUCAGGAUGCUCCAGCCGGACAAGAUCCUCACCCCGGCUGUCAAGGUGGAGAAGAUGCAUCUGAGGGUGGACUCGUCAGCUAAGCUGGUGCAGGCCCCAUCUGCCCCCGCCACCACCUCAUCCUCCUCUACAUCCUCCUCUAGCACCACUGUGAGCUCCAACACUACCACCAUCACCACCUCCUCAUCAUCAGCCCUUAAACCAGGCCUUAACUGUCCCUCCAUACCAAAGCCACCAUUACUGGCCCCAGGUCAGAUUCCCAACGGCAAGGGCCACCUCUCAGUCCUCUCAGAUAAGAAGCAGGACGGCAGCAGCAGUGCCAGUAGCAGACGCCACAUAAACAAGAAAGUUACAGAGCGUGAGUUCAAUCCAGAUAUCCACUGUGGCGUUGUGGAUAUUACAUCCCGGAAAUCAUGCACAAGAUCGCUAACAUGCAAGACACAUUCCCUAAGCCAGCGGAGGGCAGUGCCAGGGCGGAGGAAGCGCUUUGACACACUGCUGGCGGAGCACAAAAACAGAACAAGGGAGCGGGAGAGGGAGAGAGAACUCCACCAACCCCAUUCCCAGCAAAACCCCUCUCUCAGGGACCCACACCCCUCCUCCCACCUCGCCGCUGCCCAUGAUGCCCACCAGGUUGCUCAUGGCAACGGCCCUGCCCCAGACACCACUAAGCCUUUGCCACCCAGCAAACCCAAAUUUCACAGCCCUGGUCUUCCACGCCUAAACAGCAGUCACGGAGGUGGUACCCCCGGAGAUCCUGCUGUAGUCCAUGAGUCACCCCACCAUCCCCAAAGUACCCCAGAUGGCUUUUCUCGGCCCUCCAGUGACGAGGGAGAGAACGAGGAACGGGAGGACAACGCUGACAAACUGGACUGUCACUAUUCAGGUUAUCACCCUCGGCCGGCAGCUUACUGUACGUUUGGAAGUCGACUAUUUGGGAGAAGCUGUUAUUCGUUUGACCGGCGGUGGGACAGAGUGCGAUGUACCCUAACCACAAUGAUGGACAAGCAUGUCAACUCUCAGAUGUGGAAGAAAAUCCCCUUGGCCUUGGAGAACUCCUCCUCUGUUGCACCUACGCAUAGGACAAGCACAAAUUCCCACGGUAGCACUCCCUCUUCAGGCUUCCUGGCCCCCUCUGCCACCCUGCCCCAAACUCCUUAUAGCCAAUCCUACGAGGGCAAAUCUAUGCUCUCCUAUGGGACCACCUUGAAUGCCCGCAGCUCCCCUCAGGGCGGGGCUGAGCACCCGGCCUACGGCAUUACGCAGGCCCGACAAGUGUCUUCGUCGCCGCAGAUGCCUUCAGCCCACUCGUCCUCGUCCUCCUCUUCUUCAGCUCCUUCCCUAGCCUCAGGCCGGGCGCUCAAGUCCCGCUCCUCCUCCAGCAGCAGCACUACCAAGUCGUCAUCGUCCUUUAGGCCCAAAGAGGUCUCCUCUGGCUCCUCCACCCAUGUCAUCGCCAACUCCACAGGUGGGGGCAGCAGCGGAGCCAACAGUAACAGUAGCAGCACUAGCUUCAACUCUGGGAAGAAAAGAAAGAACAGCUCUAUUCUGUCUUCAUCCCAUGGCCCUCCUGAAUCCUCCUCUUCUAAUGCCAACUACUCUUCCUCCUCCUCUUUCAAGAAGAACUGUGCAAAUGUCGGAAGCUCAGGGAGCACCUACCAUCAUGGCUCAUUAGGUCCUGCAUCCUCAUCAUCAUUAUCCUCCUCCCACAGUGGAGUCCACAGUGUGGGACUAAACUGUGGACCCACUGUGCGGACCAACUCACUCAGCCUCAAAGCCGAGCCUUCUGGGGGAUCAGCAGGUGGCUCCUCUGGGCCACCAGCACGGGGUCCUCCCUCAGGCAGCCCUGCAGAGUCCAUCAAGCGCAUGAGUGUGGUGAUGAACAGCAGCGACUCCACCCUUUCCUUGGGGCCAUUCGUACACCAUCAGUCCUCAUCAGACCACCACACCAGCUUCAGCCACCACCCCUCAGACGGGCGUCUGGAAGGCAAGAAGCGCAAAAGCUCUCCUGCCUCUAGUGGCAUUAAUAGUGGAGGUGGGGGAGGAGGGCUUGGAGGAGGUGGUGGAGGAGGGGGGCCAGGGAUGGGACCAGGACAAGGACCAGGUAGACCCAAAGUGGCUAAGUCACCUGCCAUUAACAACGUCCAUGGGAAGCAUGGGCGGAGCAUUCCAGGGACGCCAGGGCUGCCCAACAACUCCCAUCUACAUCAGCCAAAGGCUCGUCCCUGACAGCGGCAUCCGGCUUCUGGGUAUGGAAGCAGCAGGCGGACGGGGACUAGUCCGGAGCAGCCCGCUUACUGCUCUGGACUGCACGAGGCCUUCUAAAGUCAAACCCACAUUACUCUCAGCUUCCCACAAUCCUCAGGGUGGAGAUGGUCUGGACUGCCCAGUGAAGUCAAUGUGGUCCUAUUUCUCCCAAAGCCAUGUGUGCAUGUUAGUGAGUAUGUGCGUGUGUGUGAAAGAGAGAGAGGAGGUGGUACUGUGUGGGGAACGCGUGGAGCGCCAGGGGUUCUAGUGAGCUAGCUUAGGACCCCUUACAUGAGUGUCCCCCCCUGUAUUCUUAGAGGUCUUCCUGUCAGCUUUGAGGAAAGAGGAACAAUAGAAACAGCAAUGGGCCACUCAUUGGCUCAUUGGGUUCAGGUUAAGGGCUGCAGCAACAAGCCGUCAUGACGCUGAACAACUGGGGAGACGACAAGCUGAUCUCCUCUGUGUUUGUAAGAAUGACUGUGUGAUUGUGCACGUGAGUACGAGUAUUUUCGUCAUGUCAGAUUCUACUGGACUACUGGAAUUUCCGACUUAAUUACACCCCCAGCGCCUGAUCUCAGAAGCCUUGGACGGAGAGCAGGAGGAGCAGCAAACUGUUACUUUCAACACCUUAAACACACAAUCACCUUGUUGGUUUGCUUUCUGUUUGUCUGACUCUUGGGCGGCACGUUGAAUAACUUCGGGUCGCACGUAGUCACCUGAGACAAGCCCAUUGGGACGAUCGGGCCAACUUUUAUUAUCCAGAAUAAUUAUGCAAGUGUUACCUUUUAAUGAUUUCUUACAAGCUUUUUACACUGAACUACAAAGAGUCUUUGUAGACGUGGUGGAGACCGUUGUGUUUUCAAAUGUGAAUAGGACGCCUGAUGUGCCCAUUCGAUUGAAUCUUUUGUCAGAGAGAUAGCUCGGUCUUUAGGAAACCUGUUAAUUUUCUGAAUCUUUCCAUUGUGCAAAAUGACAGCAACAGUAGACCUACCCCCAACUGUGAACAGCACUCAACUACUUACUCCACAGGCACUGCUUAGUUGUCUUCAGAGCUAGCCAACAGCUGCUACCAGCUUUGCCAACUACUUUUGUUUCUUUUUUUAAACUAAAAGGCGGGCAGACUAGCUUGUGAAGCGGUGAUGGUGCGUUGCCUGUGUGGACAUGAAGAAAAAUCUGUGCAAACCCUGUUGUUUUUGCCACAACUGACCUACUUUUUACCCGCAAAGGCUGUGUGAACGUCCACAACAGCUGUGGGAAGAUGUGAAUUGUAAUUUUUUUUUCCCACCUAGGGAAUCAGGUAUGGUACGUCUUAACUGGAGCAAACUUUAUGCACGUCAACCGUCUCCUGUGGGUUUGAUUGUCCCUCCUGUGUGUAACCACUACCCUAGCCCUGGACGUUAAAACUUUCAAUGCCCUGCUGGAACACUAAAUGUGUGUAUGUGUGGAGAAAAGAUUUGUCGCAGUAGAUGACCAGGCAUUUUACUCUUUUCAUUUGUCAAAAUGGAGUCUUAAAUCAGGCAAUACUUGCCCGUCUUGCUGGGACGUUUGCUUUUUUGAGUGGUCUUGUGCAGGUUUUAUGGUGCGAGAUUCAUAGAGAUAGCUUCACACGACUUCUUUAAGUUUAGGCAACAACUUUUCAUUUCUAGAACCUUCACUGAUGUCAGAUUGUAAGAAGUGGUGUCGAUUUUUUUAAAGAAUCAUUUAGCUUUUAUCUCGUAGCCUAUGUAUCAAACAAGUAUUGAAGUCUCCCUAUUUGAGAAUACAUAUUUUGUUAACAAAUUGUACAUAGAGAAAUAUGUAUUUUUGCACAGGCAUUUUUCAUACAAGCUGAAUAUUUGGUACAAUUGAGAAAAAAAAAAAAAAAGAUCUAUUUAGUUAAAAAAAAAAAAAAGAAAAGUCGGAGUGGUUCACUGCCAAGUCUAAUUAAUGCAAUACACCUAUAUGUAGAAGGUGAAGCAUCUCAUGAAUCGUGUACUGAAAACCUUUAAGGAACAAAGUGUCGCCGCUGUAGCAUGUGUCUAUCCGACAGAGGAAACCUUUAUUCACGUUUCAAGGUCUCAAUCACAUGUGCUUUUACAAGACAUUUUACGUUGCCUCUGAAUCAACACAGCAGAAAGAGUUACAUUAUGACCCAAUUAGCCUGUGAUUUUCAAAUGUCCUGCAGGCUUGAAGCUGUGCCCUUUGUCUAACCAAUACUCCACAAACUCUUUGUAGACCUUAAUCACAUUUCAUGAUUGAAA